UAAAAUCACAUAGGAAUACAUCUACAUUCUUUUGGGAUUUUGAUUGACACUUUAACUUUCCUGGAGUAAACCAUGCAAGGUUAUACAUUUUGUUCUAUUUAAUGGUAAUGCUAAUCUGCAGCUAGACUUACCAGGAGUAAAAUGUAUUUAGGAAAAAUGUUGUCGCAACAAAUUUUAUUUACGCUAAUAUUGUGUCAAAGUUAUUGCAAUGUGGUGUUAGCAGCUAAGUGGAAAGAUUGUCUUGGCCUGACAAACCCAGCGCUAAACAACCCGUGCAUGGAAUGCUCUUGUGUUGAUGGUCAGUUCCAGUGUAUGCAAGCUUGCUGUCUUUACCCUGAGUGUGUGGACAGUGUUAAGAAGCCUGGAGUCUGCUGUCCAGUUUGUCCAAACGGUCGAAAUUGCAAAAUAAACAACAAAAUUGUUCCCAUUGAUAGCAGGAUUGUGGUCCCAGGUCUUGGCGAAUGCUUGUGUGGUCCCCCAGGGGAAAAAGGUCCAGAAACUGUAUGUUUCCCAAUUACAUCUGCACCAGUGACGACCACAACAACCACAACAACCACAACAACCACACUCAAGCCUACAACACAGAUACCUACAACAUGUCAAGGCCUGACGAACCCAGCGCUAAACAACCCGUGCAUGGAAUGCUCUUGUGUUGAUGGUCAGUUCCAGUGUAUGCAAGCUUGCUGUCUUUAUCCUGAGUGUGUGGACAGUGUUAAGAAGCCUGGAGUCUGCUGUCCAGUUUGUCCAAACGGUCGAAAUUGCAAAAUAAACAACAAAAUUGUUCCCAUUGAUAGCGUGAUUGUGGUCCCAGGACUUGGCGAAUGCGUAUGUGGUCUUCCAAUGGAAAAUGGUCCAGAAACUGCAUGUUUCCCAGUUUCAUCUGCCCCAGUGACCACCACAACAACCACCACAACCACCACAACCACACGCAAGCCCACAACAACCACACGCAAGCCUACAACACAGAGACGUAAUACUCCAAAACCUGUUGGUUACUUAAUAUCAAAUAGGAUGAAAUAUAUUUUUCCUUUUUAAAAGACCUGGAAGCAUAACUUCUUAAAUCCAACAAUGGCUAAUUGAAAGCAUCACAAAAAUGGUGAUAAAAGUUUAAAUUAAUGUUCUAAAUUUACCUGUUAUAAAAUAAAGCAAUCAUGAUU